CUGAAAGCCGAUCGUCGUCAUUACUAAAACGAGAACAGAACGGAUUCUGCAUCUCAUGAUUAAUCAUCUACUAGUUAAUUCUACACUAAGGAGAUCAUUCUUCUUCUCUUGAAGAAACAUCUGGCCCCAACCCAACGGGUAAUCUCUCUUCUCGGAAGAAGCCAUACUUGGUCUUGCCUGUUUGCGCAAGUUUCCGCCGACUGCUUCGCCAGACACCUACAUAAUCUCCUAUCCACAUAAUCCAGACCAGCAUGUUCUGUCUCAGGAGCUGGCUACCCCUCCUCUUCAUCCCGACCAACGCCUCUCCGCUCUUCAUCAUCUCCUUUGUCACGGUCACAUAUAUCCUCCACCGACCUUGCAUCUACUGCUCCGCUCUCCUGCUGAUACUGUUCCUCUCAUCAUGUCAUUGGUCUGACCAUUGCUUCUUCGAUUUCCGGGGCGACUGGUUCUCUCCGCGCUUCGCUUCUUCUCCGGUUACGUACACGGUACCGAGCAAUGCGUCGAUAGCAGCGGACAAGGUGGAGUUUGGAAACGAGAGCUUUGCGCGCUAUGUCAUAGAGGCAGUAAACACUACAACAAAGGCGCUUGCUGGUGCGGCCUUGGAGGAAGCGAGAAAAGGAUUCACCAACGGUACCGUGGAGACCAGGCAGGAAGAAUGGACAGGCAUGGGGCUGGAGUGGUUGCGGAGUUUACUGGGACGGCGCGAGUGGACCUUGCCCUGUGUGGACGUUAAAGUGCGACUAUAAGGGGCAAAGUAUUGGGGCUUUUUCGAUCGUUGAUUUAGCGCUGUAGGUUCAGGAUAGCCACUUUGCGUUGUCAUCAGUGCAUUGAUAUUUUAAAUUGGCAUUAGUAUGUUUGCGAGCUUCUCCUUCGGCACUCGUGGCUGUGGCACUUCAACGGUACUCUAUCACCAUUGCGACGCAUAUAAGACAGUGGUAUUUGCCCUGGGAACUGGACUCGUUUUCAUGUAUAUAAUUCACUACAGCAGCUGCAAGGCUGGGAAAGCAUCUGGAUAUCAUAUCAUAGUUUCGCUUUACGAAGGUAAUUCUCAUGAAAUACACCAACAAAGACAGCCG